AUGCUUCAGGAGGGUUACGGGGAGGCUUGCAUGUCCUAUUCGCAGGCAAAAAAGUGGCACAAAGCUUUCAAAGAGGGUCGUGAGGAUGUCACCGACGAGGCCCGGUCUGGACGCCCUUCAAACUCGAAAACGGACAACAAUGUGAGUUGUGUGCGCGAAUUGUUGAACUCAGACCGCCGAAUGAGUGUUCGUUUGUUGUCAGACUCGUUGAACUUGCCGAAAACAAUUGUCCAUGAGAUUGUGUCGGAAGAAUUGGGCAUGCGAAAGAUUUGCGCAAAACUUGUGCCCAAAGUUUUGACCGAUGCUCAAAAAACGCAUCGCUUGGAAGUUUCCAAGGAGAUGAAAAAAAUGUGUAGGGACAACCCUAAUUUUUUGGACAACGUCAUCACUGGAUAUGAGUCAUGGAUAUUCGAGUACGACCCAGAAACGAAAAGACAGAGUGCGGAAUGGCACACCACGGCGUCGCCUCACCAGAAAAAAGCUCGAAUGAGCAAGUCACGAGUGAAAUCAAUGCUCAUUGUCUUCUUCGAUGUUAAAGGAGUAAUGCAUCACGAGUUCGUCCCACCUGGCAAGACUGUUACGGGUCAGUUCUACAAAGAAGUGCUUCAACGGCUGAAUAACCGCGUCACCCGCGUCUGA